AUGGAAUUGAGAUUGUCUCCAUGCCUGAAGAUCUCUAUUACACCAAACCUGACGACUUAGGAUUCAAAUUAAUUGGGUCGGUGGCCGGGUUCAGCAUCUCCGACAGCGUUGCUCUUCAGACAGAGUACAGGCUAAACGUCGGUGGCAGAAUUAUCUCAGCUACGAAAGACACGGGAAUGCUCCGAUAUUGGGACAGCGAUGACAGUUUCUCUGUUAAAAGUUAUUUUUCACCCGCUGAUUUUGAAGGUGAGAGAAGACCCCUGAUGUUCACUAAAGUUCCUAAUUACACAGCACCUGAGGAACUCUAUCGAACAGAACGCGAUAUGGGAAUGAACAAGACUUUGAACAUGAACACUAACCUUACUUGGGAGUUUCCCGUCGAUUCAGGCUUUACCUACAUGCUGAGACUCCAUUUUUGUGAGCUUAAUCCAGAUAUCAACAUUUCCUACAACAGGAUAUUUGAUAUUUACAUAGCCGACCAGUUAGCUGAGCAUGGUGCGAAUGUCUUAAAUUGGGCAAAGGGAAAAGCAGUUCCGGUAUAUAAAGACUAUGCCGUGAUCAUUUCAGGUGAUGCAAAACCAGCUUAUCUUUCACUCAAAAUGCAUCCUGAUUUGCAAUCACCGUUGGAGUACAAUGACGGGUUCUUAAAUGGGCUUGAGAUUUUCAAGAUCAGUGAUUCACAAAGUAAUCUCGCCGGACCUAACCCUGAUCCUCCUCCACCUCGUCCCAAUCCUAAUGAUCUACCCCAAAAGCAAGCAAGAAAAAAUAGAAGCAAGAUUGUAAUCGGGGUCAUUUUAGGUGUUUCAGCUUCCAUUGUCAUUUUGAUUUCCAGCAUCGCAUUCUUCCUCAUCACUCGUGGGAAGAACAUCAAGUCGAGUGAUGGAACUUGUAAGUGUAUUACUAAUGGCUCAGCUGUGCCGACGGAACUGUGCCAUCGCUUUUCCCUUGCUGAGGUCAGAGCCGCCACCAACAACUUCGAUGAACUCUUCAUCAUCGGCGUGGGAGGAUUCGGCAACGUCUACAAAGGUUACAUUAAAGACGGUCAAACUCCGGUCGCAAUCAAACGACUCAAACAAGGGUCGCAACAAGGGCUCCAUGAGUUCCGAACAGAGAUUGAGAUGUUGUCCCAACUUCGUCACAAUCACUUAGUAUCUCUCAUUGGCUACUGCAACGAUGGCAACGAAAUGAUCCUCGUCUACGAGUUCAUGGCUCGUGGGACCCUCCGUGACCAUCUUUACAAUUCUAACAACCACCCCCUUUCCUGGAAACAGAGGCUGAAAAUUUGCCGGAGUGCAGCGCAAGGACUACAUUAUCUUCAUGCAGGCGCGAUACGAAAUAUCAUUCAUCGCGACGUGAAGACGACGAACAUUUUACUUGACGAAAAAUGGGUGGCUAAGUUUUCUGACUUUGGAUUAUCAAAAAUAGGACCCACAGGAAUGUCCAGGUCUCAUAUUACCACUGUGGUGAAAGGAAGCAUUGGUUACUUGGAUCCAGAAUACUAUAAACGCCAAAGGUUGACUCUAAAGUCUGAUGUUUAUUCGUUUGGCGUGGUAUUACUCGAAGUAUUGUGUGGGAGGCCACCUUUCUUACGGACUUUGGAGAAGGAGAAGGCAAGCUUAGUAGAAUGGGUCAGAAAAUGCCAUCAUGAGGGCGUGAUUUGUGAAACUGUUGAUUCGUUCAUAAUAGAAAGUAUCAGACCAGAGAGCCUUAAAGCAUUCAGCGACAUGGCGUUAAAAUGUUUGGAAGAUGACCCAAAUGAACGACCAUCGAUGAGUGAAGUUGAGUGGAGCCUAGAAUAUGCGUUGCAGCUACAAGAAUGUGCAGAGGAAACUGAAGAAGAAGGAAAACGUGAGGAAGAAAGGGCACUGUUAACAGAAGUUACUGAUGUGGAAGAAAGUAAUAAAGUUGGUUUCAAUAACUAGAAAUCAGUUUUGCUCUCUGGAGUGAUGUUAACGCUCAAGUUUGAUCGAAAUAUAUGUGACAGAGGAAAGACAAAUGGUAUUGAAUUACGCUACCCACAAUAAAUUGUGAAUUUUUUU